AUUGGUAAAGACAUCCUUCGCAUACUUGCUCACAAGCCGACUUUUGAGGGACUAUCGCAGGAGCUCGACCGACGUCGCCCUCAACCCGCCUGGGCGGUGAUUGACGUGCUGCCUGCAUAUGAGGGUCCGCGAAUACUAGUUCUACUUUCCAACACGUGGCCACGGCUUGCUAAACCUGCUUCGCGCGUAAAACUUGGAGCCUGCGGGUCACCCAUUUCGACAUCGAGGUGACAUGCUCGACUCCUGCAGCAGCAGCGCUACCGCGCCGGCGGGGCAGCUGCGACCGGGGCCCGACGCCAAGUCGGGGACACAUUGGGCGUUUGCGACGGUGGUGCCGGCGCUGCGGAAAUGCGCCGCGCAGGCCACAGACAGCUCCUCCCAUGUAACAUCCGCCUCGGGCUGCGAAGCAGUGCCGCUCCCAGUGCCGAAGCGCCUUGACAGCACCUGCUCCACUGCCUCCACCGCCACACAGCCCGCCUCGCCCGCCCGCCCCCCUCGGCCGCCCUGCAAGGCCGACUACGCCUGGAUGCGCGUGAUCGGGGCCGGCAGCUUCGGCCGCGUCAGCCUGGCUCGCGAGCUGGAGGGCGGUCGGUUGGUUGCGAUCAAGACACUGAACAAGGUGGCCAUCAUCCGGGAAAAUCAGGUACAACACGUGCUGGACGAGCGCGCCAUGCUGGCACGUGUGGCGGGCUACCCCUUCCUCAUCAAUCUGCUCACCUCCUUCCAGGACACCGACAACAUCUACCUGGUCAUGGACUACGUGCCCGGUGGCGAGUUCUUCACGCACAUGCGCGACAACGGGCCGCUGCACGAGAUACACGCCCGCUUCUACGUGGCACAGAUCAUCUUGGCUCUGGAGCACCUGCAUGGCAAGGGCAUCGCCUACCGGGACCUCAAACCUGAGAACCUGCUCAUAGGCGCGGACGGCUACGUGCGGCUCACAGACCUGGGCUUUGCAAAGGUGGUCACGACGCGCACGUACACGCUGUGCGGCACGCCCGACUACCUGGCGCCCGAGGUCAUCAUGAACCACGGGCACACCACCGCCGUGGACUGGUGGUCUCUGGGCUGCGUGGUGUACGAGUUGCUACACGGCUUCCCGCCCUUCUACACAGGCAACCCGCAGGAGACCUACACGCGCAUCCUGAACCGCAGCUUCCAGUUCCCAUCCAAGUUCGGGCCCUACGCCGUGGACCUCAUCGACAAGCUGCUCACGGUGAACCCCGCCACCCGUCUGGGCGCCGGAGCCGAGGGCGUGCAGGCGGUGAAGGACCACCCCUGGUUCACCAACCUGGACUGGGCGCUGGUCGCCGCAAAGGCCUACCAGCCGCCGCAUGUGCCAAAACUGGCGGCGCCCGACGACACGCGCUGCUUCGACAGCUUCGAGCACCUGCCGCCGCUGGAGUCGGGGGCCGGGCUGAGCAAGAUGCAGCAGGACUGGUUCCGGCCCUUCUCGGUGCCGCCCAUCCAGUAGUAGGAGGGAAAAGCGGAGAGGGGAGGAGGGAGAUUGGGAGAGGGAGGAGGGAGAGGGAGAGAGGGCCGGCUGCCGCCGGCCGCCGUGCGCAUGAUGCAGCGAGCCCCAGGUGCGGGCAGCAAGUAAGAUGGCGAAUGUGGAGGAGCUCAUCAUGCGUCACGUGGCAUCUGCCCAAAGUGCGGCUGUGCCGGCGGCAGCUGCUGCUGGGUGGAUGAGAGUGCAAGGGUGUGCGCGUCCGUGUGUCCGAGGGACUCGUGCGGAAUCGAACUGAGGGCGCGGCGGCGCCAGUGACCAUGUGCAGGUCCGGGAGGAGGGGAGGAGGACGGGAGGAUGGAGGAGGGGAGGAGGGUCCCAACGCACGGACACAACUUCAUUCCGUGCCGGGGUGCCGGGUGGCGCCCAUGCCCGGACGGCAAUGCAUGCGUGGAGGAUGGAGGCGGUGGCGGUGGGAGACGACAGGGCUCGGAUGGGAGGACGGGACGGCAUGCCUCAUCAGCGGGUACAAGGGCGAGAGCGCGUGUGCGUAUGUGAAUGUCUGUGUGGGUCGAAUGUGUGAUUGUGCGUGGAGCGUCCCGCCUCCGCUUCUAUGCCGCCCGUGACGGCGAGCGAGCGCAUGUGCUGAUGAUGAUGUUUCGACUGUACGACAGACCGAGGGAGGGAAGGGUGUGUUUUGUGAUGGCGCUGUGGGGCGGCGUUGGUCGGUUCAGUGGCAAGGUGGCCUAGGAGCUCGAAAGGGCAUUCAUUGCUUUGCGGAGUUUUGUGAAUUACGAUGGAGCUGGAGGAGGGCAACAAAGGACAUUCGUUUCGACAUGCAUGGUUGCAUGGGCGGCAUGUGAUUGUACAGUAGGUGAAGUGGCCACGGGGUGGUGCAGCGCUGAGACCGCGCGGCGCUUCCCACGGCGCUUCCAUGCAUAGAUUCCCCUGUCUGCCACAUCGCCAUGCACGAGCAUGAAGGAAGGACAUCGCGACGAUCAUGGACAGUCACCAGCAAUAGAUCUGGAAUAAUACCGGUAAAAAGGGCUGCGUGCUGAGCUGCUUGCGUUUGUCUGGCGCCAAGUAGGAGUGCAGUGCGCAGGUGGUGGAGUUGGGGUGCUGGCCGUGAAGGACGGGGCCGGUGCGGCGGUGGUAGCUGUGUGUGUCUAUGUGUGUGUGGCUGGCCAGCACAUUCCAAAUCAGUAGUAUCUAUGACCUGGCAUCCACGCUUGGCGUGGGAGCCAGAUGCUGUCGUGGUGAUGACCUCGGGCCACGCUCAGCAACGGCAUGGAGGUCCUUACUGUCGGCACGUUACACGACAAUCGUGACCGUGUAAAGAUCAUCACCG